AAAAUGCCUGCCAGAUUCUGAGUUCUAAACAACUAUAGUUGGUGUUCUUUCAAAAUUGGGAUUUGUGAAAAUAAGUUUACCUUCCAGCUCAAAUAUUAGCUCCAGGUGGGCUCUGGAGGAACAGUAAGGGUGACAGAGGGGUAGAUUUCCUGUUUCCACACAUGGAAUGGUAAAUAGAGCAUAUGGCUAAGAGUUGUGAUUUAAUAACGUGAGUAUUAUUUGUCAGGCACUCAUCUGUAAGGAAAACAGGCUUUUGUGUUUUAACAAGGACACAAUUGUGAAAAGCACAAGGGUGUUUAGUACAUGUUGGUGUGACAGCUUUGAUUUGUGUAGAUGGUGGCGUCUUGCUCCUCUUGUAACUAUGUAUGCAAAGGUCAGUACAAGGAAAAAGAAAGUGUUCUAUUGACUGAGUAAUGGCCCCUCCCACACCUUCCCACACUCUCCUUACCCUAGUUCCGGGCACCUGUAAAUGUCUUACAGCAGAUGAUGAAAGGGACUUUGUGAUCAAUCGGAGAUCUCGAGAUAGGAAGAUUAGCCUGGAAUAAAUAACUGGGUGGUGUCAACGUAAUCACAAAGGUCUUUAAAAGAGGAAGGCAGGUGGAUCGGGGUCAUUGGCAGGAGACUUAGAGAGAAAGCCGAGACGUUGGCAUGAUACGACAAGAGACCAUGGAUCAAGGAACGGAGGAGGCCUUUAGAAGCUGGAGAAAGCAAGGAAACAGAUUUUGUUCUUAGAACGUACAGGAGGAAUGCAUUCCAGCUGACACCUUGAUCUUGGACUUUUGGUAUCUAUCUAGAACUGAACUCAUUAUACAAUGACAAAUGGAGGCAGCAUUAAUAGCGCUACACACCUGCUGGAUCUUUUGGACGAACCGAUCCCAGGUGUUGGUACAUAUGAUGAUUUCCAUACUAUUGACUGGGUUCGAGAGAAGUGUAAAGACAGAGAAAGACACAGACGUAUCAACAGUAAAAAAAAGAAUCAGCAUGGGAAAUGACAAAGAGUCUGUAUGACGCCUGGUCAGGAUGGCUCGUAGUCACGCUGACAGGACUGGCAUCAGGAGCCCUGGCUGGAUUAAUAGACAUUGCUGCUGACUGGAUGACUGACCUAAAGGAGGGCAUUUGCCUCAGUGCGUUGUGGUAUAACCAUGAGCAGUGUUGUUGGGGCUCCAAUGAAACGACCUUCGAAGAGAGGGAUAAGUGUCCACAGUGGAAAACAUGGGCAGAGUUGAUCAUAGGCCAAGCAGAGGGCCCGGGAUCUUAUAUCAUGAACUAUAUCAUGUACAUCUUUUGGGCUUUGAGUUUUGCCUUUCUUGCAGUUUCUUUGGUGAAAGUAUUUGCUCCGUAUGCCUGUGGCUCUGGAAUUCCAGAGAUCAAAACAAUUCUGAGUGGAUUCAUCAUCCGAGGUUACUUGGGGAAGUGGACUUUAAUGAUUAAAACCAUCACGUUAGUGCUGGCUGUGGCAUCAGGGCUGAGUUUAGGAAAAGAAGGCCCCCUGGUCCACGUUGCCUGUUGCUGUGGAAACAUCUUUUCCUACCUCUUUCCCAAGUACAGCACAAAUGAAGCUAAGAAGAGGGAGGUCCUGUCUGCUGCCUCUGCUGCAGGCGUCUCUGUGGCCUUUGGUGCGCCCAUUGGAGGAGUUCUUUUUAGUUUGGAAGAGGUUAGCUAUUAUUUUCCUCUGAAAACUUUAUGGAGAUCAUUUUUUGCUGCUUUGGUGGCUGCAUUCGUUUUGAGAUCCAUCAAUCCAUUUGGGAACAGCCGUCUGGUCCUUUUUUAUGUGGAGUAUCAUACACCCUGGUACCUUUUUGAACUGUUCCCUUUUAUUCUCCUAGGGGUGUUUGGAGGGCUUUGGGGAGCCUUUUUUAUUAGGGCAAAUAUUGCCUGGUGUCGUCGACGCAAGUCCACCAAGUUUGGAAAGUACCCCGUUCUCGAAGUCAUUAUUGUUGCCGCCAUUACUGCUGUGAUAGCCUUCCCCAACCCCUACACCAGGCUCAACACCAGUGAACUGAUUAAAGAGCUGUUUACAGAUUGUGGGCCGUUGGAAUCCUCUUCUCUUUGUGACUACAGAAAUGACAUGAAUGCCAGUAAAAUUGUUGACGAUAUUCCUGACCGUCCAGCAGGCGUUGGAGUGUAUUCAGCUAUCUGGCAGUUGUGUCUGGCACUCAUAUUUAAGAUAAUAAUGACAGUAUUCACCUUUGGUAUCAAGGUUCCAUCAGGCUUGUUUAUCCCCAGCAUGGCCAUUGGAGCAAUUGCAGGGAGAAUCGUGGGGAUUGCCGUGGAGCAGCUUGCCUACUAUCACCACGACUGGUUUAUCUUCAAGGAAUGGUGUGAGGUUGGGGCCGACUGCAUCACACCUGGGCUUUAUGCCAUGGUUGGUGCUGCUGCGUGCUUAGGUGGUGUGACAAGAAUGACUGUCUCCCUGGUGGUUAUUGUUUUUGAACUUACUGGAGGCUUAGAAUAUAUCGUUCCUCUUAUGGCUGCAGUAAUGACCAGUAAAUGGGUUGGCGAUGCCUUUGGUAGGGAAGGCAUUUAUGAAGCACACAUCCGACUAAAUGGAUACCCUUUCCUGGAUGCAAAAGAAGAAUUCACUCAUACAACCUUGGCUGCUGACGUCAUGAGACCUCGAAGAAGUGAUCCUCCCUUAGCUGUUUUGACACAGGACAAUAUGACAGUAGAUGACAUAGAAAACAUGAUUAAUGAAACCAGCUACAAUGGCUUUCCUGUUAUAAUGUCAAAAGAAUCUCAGCGAUUAGUGGGAUUUGCCCUCAGAAGGGACCUGACAAUUGCAAUAGAAAGUGCCAGGAAAAAACAAGAAGGUAUUGUUGGCAGUUCUCGGGUGUGCUUUGCACAGCAUACCCCAUCUCUUCCGGCAGAAAGCCCUCGGCCAUUAAAGCUGAGAAGCAUUCUUGAUAUGAGCCCUUUUACAGUAACAGACCACACCCCAAUGGAGAUUGUGGUCGACAUCUUCCGAAAGCUGGGUCUGAGGCAGUGCCUUGUAACUCACAACGGGAUUGUCUUGGGGAUCAUCACAAAGAAGAACAUUUUAGAGCAUCUCGAGCAACUAAAGCAGCACGUGGAGCCCUUGGCGCCUCCUUGGCAUUAUAACAAAAAAAGAUAUCCUCCGUCAUAUGGCCCAGACGGCAAACCAAGACCCCGCUUCAAUAAUGUUCAACUGAGUUCUGUAGAUGAGGAGAGAGAGGAGACAGAAGAGGAAGUUCGUUUGUUGAAUAGCACAAUUCUUUAACAUGAGGGACUCGUCCACUUUUUUCUUCUUUAAAAAAAAAAAAAAGGAAAGGAAAUACAAGCGGAGCUUUUGCAACCUGGUUUGCAGAUAAUGCUGGGAGACAGAAGGGAUUGUUUGGGGAGGGAGAAGGCAAAGGAGUGAGGUACUUCCCUGACUGACUGGAGCAGUAAUUCAUCUCUUGUUCUGCACUGGCUGCAUUCACUGAGGCUAUGCAGUGAGCGUGCAGGCCUGAGCCUUCAUGGAGCCUUCACUGGAAUCCUCAAGCCUCUGGCUGUACUUCAGCACCACAGAGACACAUUAUCAGUCCCUGUUUCUGGAGGGAUUACUUUGAAUUGAGCCAUCUAUUAAGACUGCAAGGUCUUGCCCUUUUAUAUCAGAACUGUUGUGUUUAACUCAUGAAAUGUAUAGUUAAGCAUUACCUUUCUACAUUCCAAAAGAGCUUCUCUCUCCUCCCUCCCCCAUCUCCCCUUUUCUGAGCUGUAACAGAACCUCUUUAAAUUGGUGUGUCCUUUUGAAGCAGUCCUUUCUCAUAUUGAGAUGUACUGUGAUUUUACUGAGGUUUCAUCACAAGAAGGGAAUGUUUCUUGUGCCAUUAACUGUGUAGUUUGUACCAUCACUAAAGGCUUGGAAACGUGCACACACAUACCACCGCUGGCCAAGCAGGUAAAAUCUUGAGAUGUGAAUGAAAUCCCCCAGCUUGUGUGAUGUGUGGUUCAGAAUCAAAAACAAAGAAACUUGACUCUAAUCAGUUUUAUUUUUUCCUCUCAGACUUUAUGGAUAAUGUGACCUAGUCUUAUGCAAAUUUUCUAUUUCUAAAUUACAACUAGGACAUAAAAGUGCUGUUUAGCAUAAUUAAACAAAUGCUGCUGCUGUGACAGUGAAGAGAAGGAAGUAUUCUGUUAAGCUGUACCUGGUAUUAAUUGCAUGUUAAACACUGGAACUUUUUUCUUGAAAUUAGAUUAUUCUUUUAUUUCGGAUGUUUGUUUCAUUGCUGACACUGGAGAUGAAAUGUAAUUCAUAACUUGCACUAAAUGUAUAUUUCUUUUCUUAAAAAUUUACCAUUCUUAUUUAUAUUUUUAUGGAUUAAAAUUUAUAAAAUACAGAUCAGUUAAUAUUGCACUUAAAUAAUUUUACCUUUUUAAUGUGAUUUUUUUAAUGGACUAAUUCUGACUUACAAAUAUGGAGGGGUGAAGGAAGUUUACAGGGGGUCCAAGAGUUGGAGAAGAGGUGGUCACUGCUGUGAUCCCGGUGUACACAGUACCUCCUGAGUUCUCACUGCCAUCUCCUGGGUUGUGCCCCUGACCUGGCCAUGCCGGUUCACAAACUAGAAAGUUGAAAAUACCGUAAAUGACUACUAGAUUAAAACCAAACCUUUUAAAAAGAAAAAUCAAACAAAAAUGAAAAUAAUAAUCAUAAUCUGAGUAUAACUGAGUAGGUCAGGACUUUCCCUGAAGUGUUCAGUGAUGAUUUAUGUGAAUAGCUAUGGUGCAUAUUUUUGCAGGAUUAAUUAUAGUUUACCUCAGAGUAUUUGGAAUUGUUACUGGAAAUGCCCGUUUUAAUCAUGGUCUUAAUUCACUACUGGCAAAGUCAGUUUGCUCACUAGACUGGCCUAGAUAUCUGUGAGUAUGCACUUUGAAAGGCAGAUGCAUUUGUGCAGACAGACAUGUUCUGAAACAACCGGCAAUGAGCCACUUUUAAUAUCUGUGAGAUCAUGUUGGAUCAGUAUGGUCUCGACAACUUUAAAGAUCAGGAAGCCAUAUUAGAAUGAUCCAGAGUUCACCAAACUCUGGGUUUCUCAGCUGUGCUGCCUGCCAACAAUAUUUUUACUUCCGUUGGCAGAUUUCAAGGUGUUUCAUAGCGCCUCCAUUGUUCUUCGGCUAAACAGAGCAAACUCAUGUUUAAUGAUAGUUACAGAGAUCUCAAAGUGUAUUUGCAGUGUGUGCACGGCACUGCCGGGGUACCACUCCUUCGCAUGGCCAAUUGGGGACUCAUCCCAUCCUUUCUGGGUUCCAAGUCUUCAAAGGAGAAAGAGGCCAGUUUCUUGGCCGCUUCACCCAGUGAAACUGAACAUGACUUUAUUUUCCACAUUUAUUUCCUUUUCAGAUUCUGCUCUCACAACCCAUCUUACUUCAGAGAUUGACAUUUCAGGAUACAUAGUAGAGCAUUCACUUUCUUCUGUUAUAGUUCUCCAUUUCUGAUGUGUCUCACUGCUGAAAUACAUGAAAAGUGCCGUGUUUUUAAUGUGUUCAGAGGUUUGGGGUUUCUGUUUUCUUUAUGGUAUUGCCAUCUGUUCUCCUUUUCUUUUUCAUACAUUAAGGUUUGGUUGGUUUUUCAACCAAAUAAGAUAGUGGAGACCAUGAACUACACGUGCCUAGCUAAUUGGCAAACUUAUUGACCAAUAUAUUAAGUACAGAGCCUUAUUUGAGUACCCUUUUUAAGAAGGUAUGAUGAAAAUGGGCAAGGGUGUCAGCAUCUCUUAUUAAUAAUUGCUUUUGGUUUUGGUUCCUGAAGAAUGCUUAGUUGUUAAUCUGUGAUGUUGCCUAGAGCUGUAUUUAUCUGUUUUUAUUUAUACUAGUGUAGUAAAGCUGCAUAUCAUUACAGUAAAAGUGAUUACUGUGAUGAGUUACUAAGAAAAUCUAUUAAAAAUCUCUACUUCAA